CCUCCACCUACUACGACGCUCGACAACACCCGUUCACAAGCCCACCCGAGCGUCAAUUGCGCGUCUCAUCGUCGACAUCGCUUUCAAUAUGCUCGCUCGGCAUGCUCCCGCCCCGCAGGCGCUGAGCGCCGUCACGCAUCGAGCUCUGCCAGCAGCUGCUGUAGCUUCACGCCUUUCGUCCGCCACCGCCCCGAACCGAACACAGCGAAGGACUCUCGCAACAGUCCAGGACUCGACACCAGUGAGGACCUACGGCGGAUUGAAGGAUCAAGACAGGAUCUUCCAGAACUUGUACGGCCAUCAUGGUGCGGAUCUGAAGAGCGCCAUGAAGUAUGGCGAUUGGCACAAAACCAAGGAAAUCAUUUUGAAGGGCCACGACUGGAUUAUCUCUGAGAUCAAGGCUUCUGGUCUUCGUGGCCGAGGCGGUGCAGGUUUCCCCUCCGGUUUGAAAUGGUCGUUCAUGAACUUCAAAGACUGGGACAAGGACGACAAACCCCGUUACCUCGUUGUCAACGCUGAUGAGGGUGAGCCCGGAACUUGCAAGGAUCGUGAGAUUAUGCGCAAAGACCCACACAAAUUGAUCGAGGGCUGUCUUGUCGCUGGACGUGCCAUGAACGCUACCGCUGCCUAUAUCUAUAUCCGAGGAGAGUUCUAUCACGAGGCCACCGUCCUUCAGCGUGCUAUUCAGGAAGCCUACCAGGCAGGUUUGAUUGGCAAGAACGCUUGCGGAUCCGGUUACGAUUUCGACGUCUACGUGCACCGCGGCAUGGGCGCCUACGUUUGUGGAGAGGAGACUUCUCUCAUUGAAUCUCUCGAAGGCAAGCCCGGCAAGCCUCGUCUGAAGCCUCCGUUCCCUGCUGCCGUCGGUCUCUUUGGAUGCCCAUCUACCGUCGCCAACGUCGAGACGAUUGCUGUCGCCCCCACUAUCUGUCGACGAGGUGGUAGCUGGUUUGCAGGCUUUGGACGUGAGCGCAACCAGGGCACCAAGCUUUUCUGCAUUUCAGGACAUGUCAACAACCCCUGCACAGUUGAGGAGGAGAUGAGCAUUCCCCUUCGUGAGUUGAUUGACAAGCACUGUGGUGGUGUCCGCGGCGGUUGGGACAAUUUGAAAGCCGUCAUUCCUGGUGGCUCGUCGACCCCCAUUCUGCCUGCACAUAUCUGCAAUGACCAGCUCAUGGACUUCGAUGCCCUCAAGGACUCGCAGUCAGGUCUGGGAACCGCCGCCGUCAUCGUUAUGGACAAGUCCACGGACGUUGUCCGUGCUAUUACUCGACUUGCCAAGUUCUACCACCACGAGUCCUGCGGCCAAUGUACACCAUGCCGUGAAGGCUCAAAAUGGACCCACCAGAUCAUGGAUCGCUUCAUGACUGGACAAGCAAGGGAGCGUGAGAUUGAUAUGCUUCAGGAGCUGACCAAGCAGGUCGAAGGCCACACCAUCUGUGCGCUGGGUGAGGCUUUCGCCUGGCCAUUGCAAGGUUUGAUCAGGCAUUUCAGGCCCGAGUUGGAGGCUAGGAUCAAGGAUUAUUCAGCAAAGAAUGGACCGGCAUUAGCAGGAGGAUGGGCACACGAUGCAAGCAAGAAGGGGCUCCUGAUCUCACCAGGCCAAUAGAGACUGGUUGACACGAGCAAUAUUGUAUAAGAAUUUCUUUACGUUUUCUGUUCUUGGUUGUCAAAUGCCCUGAGUUGUGCAUAGUAUAUUAGUGCAUGAGACUUCUUUGAAAACUUUUAAAUUGCUUUGUG